GCGGCCCGGCCGGGCACACACGGCCUCACCCAUGGGGAACAGCAAGAGCGGGGCCCUGUCCAAGGAGAUCCUGGAGGACCUGCAGCUGAACACCAAGUUCACAGAGGAGAUGCUGUGCUCCUGGUACCAGUCCUUCCUGAAGGAGUGCCCCAGCGGCCGCAUCACGCGGCAGGAGUUCCAGAGCAUCUACGCCAAGUUCUUCCCCGAGGCCGACCCCAAGGCCUACGCGCAGCAUGUGUUCCGCAGCUUCGACGCCAACAGCGACGGCUCGCUGGACUUCAGGGAGUAUGUCAUCGCCCUGCACAUGACCUCGGAGGGCAAGACCAACCAGAAGCUGGAGUGGGCCUUCUCGCUCUACGACGUGGACGGUAACGGGACCAUCAGCAAGAACGAAGUGCUGGAGAUCGUCACGGCUAUUUUCAAAAUGAUCAGUCCUGAGGAUGUGAAGCACCUUCCAGAAGAUGAAAACACGCCUGAGAAGAGAGCCGAGAAGAUCUGGGGGUUCUUUGGAAAGCAGGAUGAUGAUAAACUCACAGAGGAAGAGUUCAUCGAGGGGACCCUGGCCAAUAAGGAAAUUCUGCGACUGAUCCAAUUUGAGCCUCAAAAAGUGAAGGAAAAACUGAAGGAAAGGAAACCCUAAUGUCCACCCACCGCUCGGCCCUGCCCCCUCUCCUCCCCAGGCACAGAAACCCAUGGGGUGAGCAUGCGCAUAUGCCCCAGGGGCCAAGGGGGCUUCCUUGGCCUUAGCUGCCCUUCCAUUCUACCUGCCACCUCCUCUCCCCUGCCCGAGGCCCAUGCCUCCAUGAUAAUCCCAGGAUUAGGUCACC